GUUCCGGUGGAUAUAUCUGGAGUGAAAAGGGACAGUCGAUACGAGGACGAGGAUGUCAGCAUCAGGCUAGUUACUUUGUGUGAAAGACUGAUGCCCGCUUAGCAUGUCCGCGUCCCAGUAUUAUCUUUCGAGGCAACAGUGAAGAAGCUGAUGAAGUUCUUGCGACGAGCUAGGCAUGCGAAUUUACUUCAUUUAUCAUUCAUCACAUCGUACAUUUUACAAUUCCAAAGAUACAAGAUCCAAGAAUAUUGAUGUCUUCUCAUCAUCCCCGCCCACCCUGGGACUCAGAACAACAAACUUGCAGCAGCAUCCACAUUCCCACCUGCGGCAUCCAACAUGCUGAUUGCCACCUCCCGCGAUACGCCAAGUCCCAUGAUCAACUCGAUAGCAGAAUCUGGGUGUCGUGACUGGGCAGCGGCGGGACGUGUCGAUGUACGUGGUGUAGGCGCAGAACCCAGUGUAUUUCCUCCACCUGGGAACGACGAGCCGCUGGCACCAGCACUUCUACCACCACUCGUCUGUGGAGGUUGUGGAGCGCUGCUGGAAGAGCCCGGGGUAGACGCGGUGGGAUCGUCCGCUCCCGAUUCGAUCAACCGUGCUUUCUCGGGGAGUUCGUGUUCGGAGAGGAACCGUACUUCGCGCCCUUGGAUACGCAGUACGGAUUUUUCGAGGUCAAUGCAUGCCUGGUGUGCCUUCAGCAUGUCGAGCCCGAGGAGAAGAUCUACAUCGCGGCCCUCAAGUUUGUGUGAGCUUUAUUAUUGGUGGAAAUAUAUCAGAAAAGAAGAAAGACCGACCUCCAUUAUCGUGAACGAACACGGAAGAUGCAAGUCCGCAAGUCGCAUCUGUGCACUAUGCACACGUCCCAGAAUCUUUGCAGUCCCCACUCCACGUGCGAUGCCUGCAAAUCGUCCAUCAAUGAGACGCAUUAUUCUGUGAUACGUCAGUUUCGUCUAAUUCAGAGAAAAAUUGCGCACCCGCAUGCUUCUGCACAUUCGGGGCUCACUGUACAAGUGAAGUG